AUGGAACAAUAUGGUCUUGAUGUAGUUGCUACCAAUGUCAUGUUCCAUUCUACUGCAAAGGGAGUAUGGGAUGAUUUACGAGAAACCUACUCUCAGGAAAAGAACAUGACACGAAUUUAUGAUAUUUAUGAGAAACUGUUUUGGUUUUUCCAGUCUGAAAAAUCUCUUUCAGAGUAUUACAAUACAUUCAGGGGAAUGGUGGAAAAACUCAAUGUUUUCCAGCCCUUGACCACUGAUAUUGACAAGCUGAAGGCUCAGCGUAAUGAAUUUUUUAUCUCCAAGUUUUUGGCUGGCCUGAAUAAUGAUCUGAAGGCUGUGAAGAGUCACUUGCGGUGUAUCACCUCCUCCACCAAGCCUGAUCAGUCUUCCAAAGACAACUCUGCUUUUGUUGCUAACCAUGGCCGCUGUCACAGUCGUUGGGGCGGACGUGGCUCUACUGGUAGGGGGUCUACUGGACAAUCAUCUGUUCGUACUGCUCGACAUUGCACAUAUUGUGGGAAGCCUAAUCAUACAGUUGAGACUUGUUGGGCCAAGCAUGGCAAGUCAGAAUGGGCAACCUAG